AUGUUAACUGAAUUUCUGAAAACAGAAACAACAAUUUAUUCAUGGGGAGGUAGAUCGGAAUUAUACGAUUUAAUUCAAUAUAAUUUGUUUGAAGAUGACAUCAAUAUUAUUGGAAACUUUAUUAAUGUACAACAACAGUACGGCGAUAAAUUGAAUUACUGUGAUUGUGAAUUUUGUUUACAAUUAAACAAAGACUUCAACGACAAAUGGUCCCUACAGGACGUUAUGGCUCAUGAUGCCAAAUUAUUACUGAAUAAAGAGUUUACGAUGACCAAUCAGUUUCAUCUAGGAUUGGAUCCACGUUUGUACAAUCAAACAUCUGAACAAAAAGAAUUCAGAUACAAUUUGACUAUCUAUACUAUCUCUAUGAUAGAAGAAUUCGAAAAUAUGUAA